GUUGCGUGAGCAGGAAGUAAGUCGAACCUUCAACUAAAAUAGGAAGAGAUCUCAGAGCAAGUGGCAGCAUAAGGUCGUUUCCUCCUUUGUACCUUUUCAUAUAUUACCGGAACACCCUCCUGCUGAGAUAAACAUUCUCUCAUUCAGGCUGCGCAGAUGAUGCAAGACACUCUGGUGCGAGUGUUUGUGGUGGCUGCAGGUCUUCUGUUGUGUCCCCGGGAUAAUCCUGGGGUUGAGGAAUGGGACGAUGCCGUCGACGAGGAUUUGCAAAAGCACGAGCAGAUGCUGCUGGAAGGGGAAGAGAAACUAGUCCAACCAUCAGCACCUGUCAGUUACAAAAUAAAAGAACCUCAAGGUGACAUAAAUAACAAUCCAGAGCAACAGAAUCAGUCCAAUCAACAUGACAAAGAUGAACCAUUGGACACAGAUGUGGCUGUUGCUGAAAGAGGAACUUUUGAUCCCAAAUUACCAGUGGGACACAUGACAAGUAAAUCUGCUACCGUGAAUCUGACUGAAAAUCUAGACAAUCAGGAGGGAGAAGAUUUUAGUAGUGGCAGCUCAGAACAAGAUAGUCUGCAGGGACAUUAUGAGAAGUCAGAAGGUGCAGCGAUCCACCCAAAAGAUCGAGACUCACCUGCCUCACAUGUCUACAGCAAGAUGGAAAACGAAACCUCAGAGAAAGGUAUUGCAGAAUGGGAGAGGGAUUAUCUCUGGUACAUCUGGAACACAUUCUCCAUCAUUUCCAUAAUGCGCUUCUUCAGGAAAUACCUGAAGAGAAAUCUCCAAACAGAUCAGGAAGAGACCAGGAUCUCCCCCCGCAGAUCUCCUAAAGUGUCGCUGCCUGACGUUGAAACUCUGCAGAGCUUUUAUGCUCAAUGUGUUCAGGCAUCAGCUGAGAAAAUGUUGAGGGAGAAGGGUUUUCUGGAAGGAUUCGCACAUGACCUCUUGGAGGCCAUGAGGACGGUUUGUGAAAACAAUGGCAGCAUGUUGAUUGAGGACUUUCAGAUGGUGAAAGAGCGUGACAUCAUUGUUCAUUUUGCUCCAUGCAAACCAUAUAGUGUCCGCUGCCUGCUCAGGAACAACCCGGUGAGUGAUCCACUGCUUUACACGCAAGUCUGCGGUCAGAUAAAACUCCUGAAAGAAGAGAAAGUCCCAAACGGCUGCCCCUGCCAGUCCGCCGAUGCAGACGAUAUGGUUUGCCUGGUACAUUCGGAGAGCGACAAAGCAAAAACAAAAGUGGUUGAUGCUUUCAAUGAACCGCUGUGCAGCAAGAACACUCCUUUUCUGUCAAAAUCGAAGAUCACCCGGUGGUUUCAGAACACAGUCAAACAAGCCUGGGCGCAGAUCUCACAUAAAUACGAGUUUGAGCUCAGCAUCCGCUACGUUGAGACUCCAGGUGCUCUGGUGGUUCGCUUCAAGUCAGGGAAGAAGAUCAACUUCAGUUUGAAGCCGGUGGUUAAGUUCAACACAGAAGCUCAUUUCUGCAUCACACCCUGGUCCUCCAGAGAUGUGGACACUUUCUGGGCGCUGUCGCUCUCCGUCUACGAAGACCGCCUCCUGGAACAUCUCUCCAAACGCCUUCCUGUGAACUCCUGUCGUGAUCAAAUUCUUGAAAUUGCCUUCUUCCUUCAUAGGAGACAGGAAGCGCUGGCAGGGAAGACUGCACUAAAGGACAUCCACUUUAAAAUGGCAUUAAUGCACCUUCUGAUGGCCAAAAAAACAUCGCAGUGGCAACCAAACUUUGCUACCUGCAGACUACAAGACCUGCUGAGCUUUGUGGAGGAAAGUCUUAAGAGGAAGCACCUGACCCACAUUCUCGUUGGCAACCCUUUGGCUGAGGUUACUGGACUGCCUAAAGAAAUCUGCAGAGCAAAGCCAGUGAACCUGUUUCAUCUCUUUGUGGAAGAUGACUGUGCAUAUAAGAAUGCCGUCAUGCAUUUCCAGGAGAUGUUUCAAAAUGCCCACAUGUUGAUACAUGAAUAUGUUGUUCAACCUCAGGUUGGCACAAAAUCCUUUGCUUAAGACUGCGUACAGUUAGACAGACUUUUUUUCAAAUAAUCAUACAAGUGCAGGUGAAUCUUAAUUACAGAAUAACAAGAAGGGAGUCUAAUCAGAGGGAAACUUGCUACGUUGACUUUGGACUUGAUAGCAUUCAGCGGACUUGCACCUGCAGACACGGCUCCUUGAAUCAACACAGGUCUCUGUUGUCCCCGUUUUUUGUACAGUGACUUUUUUUUUCUUUCUUCCUCUCAACUCUUCAUUUACUUGCUUGCUUACAGGACUCUGAACAAUGAGGUUCUUUAGCCGUUACUUUUUGUGGCUUUACUAGCCUUGUGGAGAGUCCAGUCAUCUGUCUGCUGGAUUACUGUCAACUCAGUCUUCCCUGUGAUUGUGCAGAGCAGAGCUACAUUUCACAAUUGGAACGUUGAAUGCAUUAGGUAAUUUCCUGACCAACUGAAUUUUGCAUUUCCACCUUCUGUAAGCCUUUAUCCUCUAAAUUAACAGGAUAAAGGCCUUGAAAUACAUCAGUAUUAUCCACAUUUGAACCAAAUUAUUAAAAUAAAAAUGUUUUGUUGGUGAUCUAAUCUAUUUAGAUACAACUGUAUUUAAAUAAUAAAGAAUUGGUAUAUCAUGUGAUAAAUCCAUGUGUAAUGCAUUUAUUUGAAAGAGAUUAUUACAACAUUUUAGAUUUCAUCAAAGUCUUAGAAGUACAUUUGUUUCUGCGAUCAUCUUUUGAGGAGACCUCAGUAGACCGUCAAAUUCAACUUCUUAAAUUAAACUUCACUUUCAAAGUCAAUCUUCCAAGAGCGACUGGAGAUUAUUUCCUUGGGUGCUUCUGGGUAAAAAGAUGUGUCAUAUUAAAAUGUUAACUUCUUCUAGAGUGCUAUUUUGAAUCUGCAAGAUUAUAAUUUUAUUUCAAAGAGGACUUCCAUCACCAGCAUUAACUUUUACCCAACUCAAGAUAAGAGUUACUUAAGAGUUAAUUACAGGUCUGUGUAAAGGGCUUUCCAUGCCGUAGAUUGAGAACACCAUCUUACCCUGCUGGUGGGGAUGUUGAUUCACAGCAGUUGCACACUCAGUCCUUACCAUAGAGCUUCUUCCAUCUGGUGCACAAACAGGAUUAUCCACUCAAAAGAUUGUUAAAGCUUCUAUAAUUCUGCACUAAAACAUGUCUGCAGCUGCUAAUAAAAUCCACCACAGGCAAGUUCAGCAACUUACUAGCAUGGUCAUAAUUGGAAGUGUUCUGCUUUGGGCAUGGAGUAGAUGGCUCUACAUUCAUCUUAAAAUAAAAUUCCUGCUAGACAAUGCAUCUCAUUAUUAAAGCACAUCUUCUGUUUAACAGUAUGCAGCUCUUAUUGGUUUAUGUUGCCCGUUCAGAAAUGGUGGAAGCUCUAGACCGUCUUGGAGUCACGACGAGGGAAUUUUGAUUGUAUAGGCUUGUCAUAAGUUUGACAAAAUUACACUUUUGUUAUUGGUCCCAAUUAAGCAAUUUAAUUUUAACCCAAAUACUUCACUAUUUACCCUUGAUGAUGAUGAUGAGGUGAGCAGAGGUCUUGGGAGUCACAAAGCACUUUUUGAUGUACAUCCUUUCCUCCUCACUCUUUGUUUUGUCAUGUCUGUUGGUUUCAAAGUACAUUGGAUCUCCUAAGUUGUAGAUUUUGUUUCCUGAUGCUGCAGGAAAACUGAACUCACGUCAAAUCGAUUCAAAGGGUUUUCCACAGACAGGUCUGACAAGUGUUUGUAACUGCCAACUGCGUUAGCUGGAGGGUUUGUGAGUAGCACAUACUGAAGUUGUAAACA